AUGUUUCUUCAAAAUUGCGAUGAUCAGGUUACGCGGCCACUACUGUCAGGGCCUGAAUGGACUCAAUGCCAGUGGCUGCGAUGCCCGGAGUCGGACCGGAGUAUCACCAUAGACUAUCUUGAUACUGAGGAAUCCCCACUUAGGCCCUUGUUUGAUGCAGCAACAAACAAUGGUUUUUGCCCUGAAUUAUUAACUCGGAUAAAAGGUCAACCGGUUGGAACUAUAAAGCUACUAGCCCCGGACCAAGAUGGUCUUCAAGAGCCUGCUGACCGACUCCUUGACCUGGGAAAUGGCAUUAUUGGAGGCCUGUACCGUCCAUCCAACCCAGACCCAAAGGCUAAUGUUGCCAUCUUCAUCAUGCACGCUGAACAAGACUACCUCAACUUCAUCGCCUGUACAGAAUUGUACAAGCGCGGGUACACGGUCCUCUGCGCCAACAACAACGCCAGCAAGUCCGGAAAGAUGACGGACCUGGCCUUCGAAGACAUGUUGCAAAAUGCCGGCAGCGGCAUUUCCUACUUGCGCAAUCAGACCUACAUCGACAAGGUGGUUGCUCUCGGCCACAGUGGCGGCGGUGCCAUGCUGUGGGCUUACCAGAACAUUGCAGAGAAUGGUGUCGCGGCCUGCAAUGGGCCUGAGAAGCUCUACCCUUGCUCGGAUGACUUGGCCAACCUCCCCGCUGCAGACGGCUUCAUCUCCAUCGACGCCAACUACGGCCUGUCAACGAUGGCCUUCCUUAGUGUAAACCCGGCUAUCACGGACGAAAACAGCGGUCUAAAAAUCAACGCCUCGCUAAACCUAUACAAUCCAGCCAACGGCUACACGCCGAACGGCGCCAACUACUCUACCUCCUUCAGAAAGUCCUACCAGUCUGGUGUUGUCGCUCGCUGGAACCGUAUCAUCGACCACGCACUAAACCGCAGCAAGGCCAUCGCAGCUAGGAACGGCCUCUACGCUGACGACGAGCCGCUGACCAUCCCAGACGCUAACUAUGUCGGUAUGAACAACAAGUUCUUCGCUGAGGAUACUCGUUUCCUUGCACACACCACGCACGCCUGGCCUCUUCUGCACAAUGGCGGUACCAACAGCACUCAAGUCGUGCAUUCUGUCCGUGUCCCUACUGCCAUCGGCUCCUUUGCAUCCAAGUUCUACGACGGCGCCAUCAACCAGACAGCACCAAUUUCCUCUGCGGCGGGUGUCAGCGUUCCGAUCCUUGCUAUGGGUAUGACGGGUCACUGGGAGUAUCUCAAUGCGGAGAAGAUCUAUCUCAACUCGGGUAGCAACGACAAGUCAAUUGCCUUUGUGGAGGGUGCUUCGCAUACAAUUAACGUCUGCACUGAGUGUGAGUUGUAUUCGGGUCAGUAUGGGGAUACGGUGAAGACAUGUUUUGAUCACAUAGAUCAGUGGUUGCACCAGAAGGGGCGUUUCCUUUAA